UUUUCUUCAGCUCAUGAAGUAAAUGAAGAUUAUCAUAACAGAAGGUUGCUGAUAGUUGUUCUGGUUACUGUUUUGACUGCUACCGUUCUCUUGGGAAUGGUAUUUUUUUGCUACUACCACAAAGAUUGAGGAUACAUUUAUCAGCACCUGAAGAAGAUCUGGAAAUGGUUCUGAUUUGAUAGUAUUUGAUUAUCUCACAAUAAAAGUAGCAAGAGGUUACUUCUCAAAAGAAAAUAAGGCCGGAGAGGGUGGAUUUGGUGCAGUGUACAAGAUCCAAGGAAAUCAAAUCUUCUAGAUUGGACCAAGCGUGUGAAUAUCAUUGAAGGGAUUACUCAAGGCCUUCUUUAUCUCCAAGAGUACUCAAAUUUUACUAUAAUCCACCGAGAUAUUAAAGCUAGUAAUGUUUUGUUAGACCAUGAGAUGAAUCCAAAGAUAUCAGAUUUUAGUAUGGCUAAACUUUUUGAGAAGUAUGAACUUGAAGCAAAUACAAGCAGGAUUGUGGGUGCUUAGUAAGUAAAUUUUAAUCAAUGACGUUGUUCCUUGGAUGACUCUAACCACAUGUAUUGCCUUUUGUAGUGGGUAUGUGCCUCCCGAUUAUGUCAGAAAAGGCAUAUACUCACUGAAGUUUUGCAGUCCUUCUCUUGGAAAUCAUAAGCGGAAAGAGGACUUCACGAUAUUACGGCCCACAUGAAAAUAUGAACCUUUUGGAAUAUGUCGGUCACACUUUCGUUUUCUGUAAAAAAAAAAAAAUAUAUUUUGCCUUUAUUUUUUGGGUACAAAAACCAAUGCGUCGUUUUAUUUCAUUUCAUUGUGUUAAAAAGACUAACCCUAAAUAAGAGACAUGCCUUGCGAAAAUGAUUCAUAAAUGGAAAAUGGGUCUUGAUGAUCAUUUCAACUAAAUAAAUCAAGAGUUGGGUCUUCAAUUCAUAACCCUAAACAAAGAAAAACAAACAACUGUCGCAUUGGAAAAAGGCGCAUGGAGAAGAAGACGAUUCCAUUGCCGCAUCUGCAUCAUGAAUUGAUAGUUCAAAUUCUGCUGAGGCUACCGGUGAAUUCUCUUAUUCGUUUCAAAUGCGUUUGUAAGUCUUGGUUUUUUCUUAUCUCCGAUCCCCUUUUUGCAAAUUCACAUUUUCAUCUCACAGCCGCAACACACACUCGUAGGAUUCUGUUCAUCUCACCACCUCCUCGUUCUAUAGAUUUAGAAGCAUCGCUUGCUUAUGAUUCUAUCUCUUCUUCAGUCAAUCUUGAUUUUCUGCUUCCUGAAUCUUAUUAUGAUUUUGAAAUUAAAGGUUCAUGUAGAGGCUUUAUAUUAUUGCAUUGUGCUCCAACCCUCUACCUAUGGAAUCCAUCCACCGGAUUUCACAAACAAAUACCUUUGUGUCCUUCUUGGUUAGAAGAAGAUGAUGAUGAUGAAAGGUUAUAUGGUUUUGGGUAUGAUCAGUUAACAGAUGAUUACUUAGUGGUUUUAUCAUUCUUCCCUUAUAUUUCAUCACACUUCGAGUUUUUCUCAUUGAGAGCCAAUACCUGGAUACAAAUUGAGUGUACUGACAGCCCUUUUGCGAAUGGCAUUGAUGAUAAGCCCAGCGUAGGUUCCCUCUAUAAUGGGGCUAUUCAUUGGUUGGCUUAUCGUGCUGGUUUAGGAAAGAAUGUUAUCCUUGCCUUUGAUUUAACGGAAAGGCAACUUUUUGAUAUGCUUUUACCAGAUGAUUAUUACAAUUAUAACUAUGAUCCUAACAACUGUGGUUUGUGGGUAUUUGGGGAAUUUCUCAGUCUAUAUGCUAUGGAUUAUAAUGAUAAUACAAUUGAAAUGUGGGUGAUGAAUGAAUACAAAGUGAACUCGUCUUGGACAAAGACUCUUGUUCUUUCUGUUGAUGACAUUUCUGAUGAGUCCUUUUCCCCAUUGUGCUGUACAAAAAGUGGUGAUAUUAUUGGAGCACAUAGUGGUAUUGGAUUGGUGAAGUAUGAUGACAAUGGACAGUUGUUAGGGCGUUUCUCUAAAUGGAAUGUUACAUGGGAUGGAUCCGUGGCUAUCUAUACAGAGUCUUUGCUUUCACUCCCUGGUGACAAUGAGCAGGUUUAAGAAGGUGACACAAACAAGAAGAAUGAGGAGCUUAAUUCAAGUAGACGAAGAGUGAACUUUGAAAACCAUUGGUGCAUAAGACAACUGAUGCUUUAUUUUGUUAUUAUGAAAUCUUUGGGUCGGGGCUACAUUUGGAGUGUAAUGUGUUUGACUGACUUCUUUUUCAUGAUGAGCUGAUGUAAUAUGUCAUGAAAUAUUUAGUUGUUAACUCUUUGUAGUUUGUUAAUUGAAAAUAUUGACAGCUUUGUUUGUGCGAUUCA